CAAUCCUUUCUUUUAAGUUGCUAAUGUACUGGAUGGAGAGUUAUCUGUCACGUAUUUUUUAGUGAAGCCUGUCCCUCAGCAUGUUGUUUAACCAGAACCGUCAAAUGCUUUCGGAGAGGCUGGAUGGCCACUGGGCUCCCGUCUGUGUGACGGCGGUGUGGUUCAAAACCCACUGCCUUUCUGACUGAACGGUUGCUGUUCUCGCUGACAGGAUGGAACUGGGCUCCUUGAACUGUUUCCUGGCUCCAAGCUGUGCUCUGCCCUUUGCAGUUCAGUUGUAUGGCCAGCACGGAGCAGGAGGUGGCAGGGACGCUUACUGUGUGCGCUUAAAAGUAUGUCUGGUUGUGGCUUCUUUCUCAGGGCGGCAUCUCCUGAGCUGUUGCAUGUGAAAUUACAAGGGAGGGCAAGCUCCAAGUCACGGUAGGCGUCUAACUCUGUGUUUAAUGGUCAAGAUUUGUUUGUUUGGUUACACAAACAAACUUAUUGCUAAUAUAUUUUAUCUUACUACUUGUUCCAGCCUGUAGCUGGCUGGAAGAGCCAACGUUGCAUUGGUGAUAGUCAGAUUUUCUUUUCCUUGUACUUUUGAUUGCUAUAUGAAUUGGUUUGCAUAGCAUGGUAAUAACUGACAUUUCCUUUCAGUGAGAUUCUUAUAUUACACUAGUUAUUUUCAUUUUAUUUUUGAAUUAACACCUUUCAAGCAUUUUAUAACCAUGAAUGUAAUUACAAAGGCCAGUCCUGUCAGUUCAAUGAAAACAUGAAGUAGGCUUGCUUCUUUGUUCUGUUGGAUUUUUUUUUUCCCUUUUGACUGCAGUAGAUCUUGCAUAUUUUUUUUUGUUUGUUUCACGCUAGAUUAGCUUCAAACUUCUGAGAUGGCUGCUUUUAUUUCCUCUUUCUGUUGGUAAAUAUGCUACUUUUUUCUUUUGCGGCAGUUCAGUGAGAAGUAAUGUUCCUCUGUGGUCCAGCUACUGUCUUCUGUAGGUAUAUUAUCUCUGUUCUCCAGCUUUUGCCAAGCUGGUUGAGCAGAGCUUUGAUCUUUUUGUCUGGCCAAAACAAGUGGCUAGGGUAACUUCUUAACAUGUUCAUGCUACUCUUAACCAGACACACUGCUUUUCCUAAGUGUUUGGCCUAACGUGGUGCCAUUCCUGAUCUCUGUUCUUCAAUGUGCAGUUUCAUUCUGUACUAAUAUUCUAAUUAUUGUGAGGGUUUUUUCCAAUUUUUAUAAGUUUUCUUUUUCUUGAUUGUAAAUCAUCACUGACACUUGUGGCUUGGCUGUAAUUUUUUUUUAAAUUUAAUUGACGGAUCACGUGAACUACAGAACGUCUCUCCAAACGUCUGUGUCCUUUCAGUGAUAAGUAUCAAGAUGUUUGAGAGCUAUGGAGGAAAUAUGCAUUGGACAAUUGGAAUAACCUGCCUAAGGGAAAUACAUCUUCCAGACUUUUUUCCCUUAGAGCUAAGUUAAGCCUUGAAGUAACGGCAUUUAUAUCUCCUUCCCACACUCCCCUUUAAGUACUUAAAUUCACUUAAAAUUCUUCUUGAGUGUCUUUACCUUUUGUUUAUAUGGACAAAGAGCUACAUUAGUAUUUCUGCUAUAUUUUUUUUGUGUUUGUGGAACUUCUUCCUCUGUCUUACUUCAAAAAUUCCUGCAAAACUGAGUUUAGUUAAAAAAAGGUCUUCCUUCGUAGUUUACAAGCUGCCUAGUCUAUGUGGGCUAUCUGGAAAAGAAACGUGUCAGAGUAAUAUAGUAUCCCUAGGAACACAGGGUGUUUUAUUUGAUCCAGUCAUCUUUUGUCAUGUCAUCAGCAUAGUUCAUGGGGAGCUUGUUGUCUUUGGUCUGGGUCAUAAAAGACUGCUGAAAAUUAAACAAUUUAAAACGAUCUUAAAUUACUUGACAAAGCUUGCAGGGCGUUAGGGCAAAGUAAGGAGACAACCUGCAUCAUCUUCAUCCUGUGCUGAUGCCCAUGUCAUGAGCACUCUUCAGGGCAAGAGCAGUACUUCUGUUGUCUCUUCAGGGCAUGGGUGUACUAGGCUACGGAUGCUGCCGGUUGCGCUUCUUAACCUUCAAGGCAAGGCACGGAAGUCAGCGUUUUGAACUUGCCAUUUUUAUUUCCCCUUGUUCAGUCAGUUUUGUGAAGUUGAAAUUUACAUUCCUACAACUACCUGUGCUUACAAUAGUAUUAACUGCCACAUUGCUUCUGAAUUGUGACCUGUUAAGCUUACAACCAUCGAUCAGCCACCAAUGGCUGGACGUAGCUCUCAGGAAGGUACAGAGCAAGUGCCAGAACACACUUUCAUGGGACCUUAUGCUUCCACUUCGCUGAGCAUGGAGAGGGAUGUGGAGCAGUGAUUUGGUAACGUGAAAAAAGGAGGGAUUUGCUGUCACCUCUUCAGUUGUCUGUCUGCAUUUUUCCCCUUUUACUCUUCUGCCCAAGCUGUUGAAUCUCCUCUUGAACUGGGAAUUACCAUCAGUGAUGUCAGAUGGGUUUGGUGUCUUGAGUCAUAUCUGGUGCCCUGGAAUAUUCCCUAUGAGUCAUGGAAAUUAUUUACAUUUGGUAAACUUGCCCAGAAAUGGGAGAAGAUACGAUAAAUCCACAUCUACUGGCUGCAUUAUCAGGGCAGAUUAUUUGUCAGUACCUGAGGACUUGAUUAAUCCGGUAAAGCUAAAAGGCCUUUGAAUAGGCAGCAAGUAUGAUGAAAGAAGAGAAUACAGAGGGAUGCAUGGGCCAGUGGGUGUUGGCAGUCAUAGCUUUUAUCUCAUCCCUACAGUACUAACACAUAUCUGCCUUUCUGCUGACUGGGGGCUUGUUUAAACUUUUCUUAUGUUAAAGACUUGGCAUUCAGCUUUAUUAAUCAUACCAGGCAUCCUUAUGCUACUGUCAUCCCUAAAAUAUUUCUUAUACUAAAAUUUGAAAGAAUAAAUGUUCUGUCCUUAAUUAUCUUCAUUCUUUCCGCUUUCUGUAAUGAUGAAAAGUAACAGGCGUGGCCUGGUAUUUAGAUGUUGGUAUCAGUGCUAUAUAGAAAGAGUUGGUGUUGUACACCAGUAAACUUAUUACCUCAAUGGACUUGUUUCUCUGCUCACAAUUAUGUGUUACGUGUCGCAUUUCUGUGUUAGGCCUUGUCAUUAUGCAUUAUUAGGAGCUCAAAUUUAGCUGAUUGUUAGUGUGACCUACAAGUUCUUCGUGGUACCUGCCUCCUACAGCAGAAUUUCUUUAUAAACACAAGCCUUAGGUUUUUUGCAUUUCAGUAUGAUCAGCUGGAUGCUUUUAGUCUGUACCUAGUCUACCAGAGUUAAACGCACUGUCCAUUGGAAACUGGUUUCUUUCUCUUUAGUUUUAUUAGUUAGUAUUGUGUUAUCGGUAGUUAUUUUCUACAGUAUAGAGUUUAAUUCACUUAAGUUUUAUGGGUGGCAGAACAUUUGUGUCCGUUCUCAUUAGCAUAACACUGUGGCUGAAAUUGAGUAAGUUUUUUGUGUUAGAAGUGGCUGCCCAGAGGAAAGGGAUUUUUGAGUGAGUCCUUGUAUAUGGCGAGAAGCUUCCAGCAAAUAGGAUGCUGAUGGGGUCCCUAGUGGGGGAAGAGAAGGCGAGACAAGUACGAGUAGGAAAAGCUGUGAAAUGGCCAGGACUUUGAGGCAAUAUAAGUGGAAGAUGAGUCUGGGUUUGCUAGCCAAAUCUCUCUAUUAACUUUUACCUCAAGGGGAGGAUUGGAUCAGCUGAAGGUGAAGUGAUCCUGGGUAUGUGGCCAGUUGAUGGUGAAUAGUCAUGGUUGAUGAUUCUACCCCCUUUCUUCUUUCCUGUGAAUCAGCGCAAUGUCCCAGGGAUUGAUAGUGCCUACCUGGCCAUGGAUACAGAGGAAGGUGUGGAAGUUGUUUGGAAUGAGGUUCAGUUUUCUGAACGGAAGAACUUUAAGCUUCAGGAAGAAAAAGUCAAAGCAGUGUUUGACAACUUAAUUCAGCUGGAACAUCUGAAUAUCGUGAAGUUUCACAAAUACUGGGCUGAUGUGAAGGAGAAUAAGGCCAGGGUGAUCUUCAUCACUGAAUAUAUGUCUUCAGGGAGCUUGAAACAGUUCCUGAAGAAGACAAAGAAAAACCACAAAACUAUGAAUGAAAAGGCCUGGAAGCGAUGGUGUACCCAGAUCCUCUCUGCUCUCAGCUACCUCCACUCCUGUGAUCCCCCAAUCAUCCAUGGUAACCUGACCUGUGACACCAUCUUCAUUCAGCACAACGGACUGAUCAAAAUUGGGUCAGUGGCACCGGACACAAUUAACAACCAUGUGAAGACCUGUCGUGAGGAGCAGAAGAACCUGCACUUCUUUGCCCCAGAAUAUGGAGAAGUUGCCAACGUCACCACCGCUGUGGACAUUUACUCCUUCGGGAUGUGUGCACUGGAGAUGGCGGUUCUGGAAAUACAGGGUAACGGAGAGUCGUCUUACGUCCCCCAGGAGGCCAUUAACAGUGCCAUCCAGCUGCUGGAGGACCCCUUGCAGAGGGAGUUCAUUCAGAAGUGUCUAGAACAGGACCCUGGCAAGCGUCCUACUGCCCGGGAACUCCUUUUUCAUCAGGCGUUGUUUGAGGUGCCAUCACUAAAGCUACUGGCUGCCCACUGUAUUGUUGGACAUCAGCAUAUGAUUCCUGAAAACGCUUUAGAAGAAAUGACCAAGAACCUUGACAUGAGUGCAGUGUUGGCAGAGAUCAAUCAUGCGGACAGGGAAGGAGUCAAAAUGAUCUUCUCACAGUCUCCGGCAUUAGAGCUGGACAAGUUCCUGGAAGAUGUAAGGAAUGGUAUCUACCCACUUACAGCUUUUGGGAUGCCGCGACCCCAGCAGCCCCAGCAGGUCGUGGUGAAGUCUCCCAUUGCUCCGCCAUCAGUGAAAACGCCGACUCCAGAGCCUGCUGAGGUCGAGACCCGCAAGGUGGUGCUGAUGCAGUGCAACAUUGAGUCAGUAGAGGAGGGAGUGAAGCACCAUUUAACACUGCUGCUGAAACUGGAAGACAAGUUGAAUCGACACUUGAGCUGUGACCUGCAGCCCAAUGACAAUAUCCAGGAGCUGGCAGCUGAGCUGGUCCAGCUUGGAUUCAUCAGUGAGGCUGACCAGAGCAGACUUACCUGUUUACUUGAAGAGGCAUUCAGCAAGUUCUACUACACCCGGAAUGGAGCCCUGACGGCAGUGACCGUGUCAUCUUAGCACCCCUCGGCUCCCAGGCGGCCAGUGCGGCUUUGUUGCCUGUGACCCCUCUGUGUCUGUCCAUCACUGUAGGGCAUCAGCAAGACCCCAGCUGCAGUGCUUGGAAGCUCAUCCUGCAUGUGCCGUGGCUGGGCUCAGCGACAAUCCUCCCUGCCCGCCUAUUAAAGGGGACUUUGUGCAUCAGUAUUAUUUCCAGCCCUGUUUUUGUUGGGAUUUUGCCAGGUGGUGCCGGGGAGCCGGGUCCUGGCUUGGGGUGUUCUGUAGCCCCAUUCAUGUGCAUGGAGUUUGUUCUGUUUGAAUUGUACAAAGUGUCUUUUGCACAGCACAGAAAUGUUGUUUUUUCUUUUUUGUUGUUUUAUUUUUUUUUUUUUUUUAAUUUAAAGGUAAGCAAGGGGGGGGGGGGGCCUACGCCCUGCCCCUCUCUGCACCCCACUCCGCAACGGCCUCUGGCACCAGUCACUACCCUCCUUCCCGGGCAGAGGGAGCCAGGGGUAGCCGGGCUCCCACAGCACCUGCCUGGUGCUUUGCCUGCCUCUUCGGCUCCCUGUGGCUGCACUUUGUUUACUCGUUUUGCACAGCCGCGCGGCCCUGCGCUUCGGCACGGCCCGUAGGUGCAGGGCGGCGACGCGUGCUGACCCGGGGCCGCGGCCCCUGCAGCCGCCGGGAGCCCAGCGGGGCCGGAGCCGCCCUGCUGCCCCGGCGCCGCGGCCGCUGCGGGCCGCUGCGGGCGGCGGGGGCUGCGGCGGCCCCGGGCCCUGCCCCCGCGCCCCCUUCCCGUCUCGGCGGGGUUGGCGGGGCUGAGGCCGCGGCUCCGCGGGCCUGGGUUGGGCGCGGCGCCGCUCCCGCAUCUCAUUUCUAUCAUUUCCUAUUUUUAAUAAACUGUUUUGUAAAUA